AUGCUCUUUCUUCGUCUUCUUCUUCACUGCCGACCGGCCGACGCCGGCCGGCCCUGCUUCGCUUUACACUGGAAGGCGCCGCCGUUUCGAGGUCCGCUGGGGGAACGGUGUUGUGCGAAGCAGGCAAGAAAUUUUCGUCUCGUCCUUGCCUCUCUCGGCCGUUUUUCUCGCCGCUGCUUCGCCCUCAGGCACUUCUUCAAUGGCAUGUCGACUUUGCUUGUUGCAGCUAUCAUUCUUCUUCCUCCAUUGCUGUUUUUCUGUCUCUCGGUCUGCUUGACGAGACGUCUUGGCAGAACCGUUGAUUGGUCUGCAACGACGCAGAUCAACAAACUUCGGCUUGUUUACUUGACCUGA